UCGACAUGGCUCCUCUUGCAUACUCAGGCAGAAUCCGAGUUAGGAAGCACCCCACCCUCCCGUGCACUCUUCUCCUCCUCGUCGCUCUUCUCGUUCUUCUCGCCGCUUUCAACCACCUCGGCCCCACACUUAAAGCCCUUCCCAGCCUAGCGUCCGAGCACAACCUUCCCGCCUCCGCGUCAGCCACUACUAGUAGAACCUUCGCCUUCCCAGCACACACGGGCAAUGAUACGGAUACUGCCAUUGCGCGUGCGGAGUCUAGCGUGCACGUUGAACAUGUAGCUGAUCAAGUUGUCCUGACCGUCGAUGGAGCGGCGCAAGGCCGUCCGAUCUCGCCAUCAUUCUUCGGCAUUUUUCUCGAGGAGAUCAACCACGGAGGGGCGGGAGGGCUGUACGCGGAGCUCGUGCAGAACAGAGGGUUCGAAGCGGGCGGCCAGGAGACGCCGUCCACCAUCCACCCAUGGCUGCCCAUCGGGUCGGAGCCCCACGUGCUGCUAAGCACGGAGCGCUGCUCGCCCUUCCCCCGCAACCCCAUCGCCCUGCGCAUCGACAUCCACUGCGCCCCCCGGCCUUCUGCCCACGCCCCGCCGCCUCCUGCCGACUACAGCCCUGCUGCUGAGCUGCCUCUUGGUGGCAGCCGCGCAGCAGCCCCACACAGAGAAAAGCAGCGGCCGGCGCAAGGCGAGGAGGGAUUAGGGUUUGAAGUCGAGGAUGAGGCGCACCUGGAAUUCCCCUCAGAGGGAGAAGCGCAGCAGGGCUCAGGAUUGCCCUCUGGAUGGGGGGCCCGGAGGCUGUUCGCAUCCGCAGGGGAGCGUGCCGUGCAGCGUGGCAGUACGCACGGUGAAGACGCAGCGAAGACUGCUGUAGGAGCGCUUUUAGGGGUGGCAGAUGGAGAAGCGAGUCCGCAUGGACCUGUGCGUGUGGGGCUGCCUUUGAUGCCCAAGCUGGUCCCUGUGGUGGACACGUGGCAGACUGUGGCUCGGUGGCUGGGCGGCUGGCUUGGCAUGCGGCUGGAAGGUGCUGAGUCCGUGGGAGGAAAGCCAGGGAAAGGUGGUGCUGCUGACGGUGGGGGGAGGGAGGUGGUGCCUGGUGCUGCUGCGGAUGGCGGGGGGAGGGAGAGACGCAGCGAGGAGGGGGAGGGGGGGAGCAUGGAGGAAAGAGGGCAGGGGCAUGUGUGCGCUGAUGGUGUGGGGGUGCUUAAUCCUGGUUACUGGGGUAUGAACAUCCAGCAGGGCCAUGUGUACAACAUCAUCCUGCAUGCUCGUGCCACCGCUCCCCUCUCCCUCCGCCUCGCGUUCUUCUGCUCCUCCGCCCGCCCACCUCAACUCCCCCCCUCCUCGAUCGCCUGCGCUGGUUCAGCCCACAUCAGCCUCAACCAAUCCAUGGCUGCCACGUGGCACCGCUAUGAGGCCACCAUCACUGCGUCCGGCACGUGCCACAAUGCCUCGCUGGCCAUCACCACUGACAGCAUGACACGUGGCACUCUGUGGUUGGACCAGGUGUCAGCCAUGCCUGCAGACACGUUCAAGGCCCAUGGCAUGCGCAGGGACAUAGCCACCAUGCUGCAGGGCCUCUCCCCCGGCUUCAUGCGCUUCCCGGGGGGCUGCUAUGUGGAGGGCGUGCGGCUGGCCAAUGCCUUCAGAUGGCGGCCCACCAUCGGCCCUUGGGAACUCCGCCCAGGGCACUUCAACGACAGGUGGGGCUAUUGGUCGGAUGACGGGUUGGGCUUCUUUGAGUAUCUGCAGUUCGCAGAGGACGUUGGGGCCACACCUGUUUGGGUCUUCAACAGCGGCAACAGCCACACAGACAGCGUUUUCACGGGCGCCCUUGCUCCCUUCAUUCAGGAGGUGCUUGAUGGAAUCGAGUUUGCACGAGGGCCGUCGGAUUCGCGGUGGGGAGCGGAGAGGGCGGCCAUGGGCCAUCCAGAGCCGUUUGAUCUGCGGCACGUGGGCAUCGGCAACGAGAACUGCUACCAGGACAACUACCGAGGCAACUUCCUGCGCUUCCAGGCGGCAAUCAAGGCAGCAUAUCCCGACAUGGCAGUGGUGUACACUUGUGACGUCAGCAGGGGGCCUCCUGACCACCCCCCGACGGAUCUAUACGAUUUCCAUUCCUUUGGGACAGCAGAGGGCAUUUUCAACCUGGGCCGCUACUUUGAUGACGUCAGCAGGGGUGGACCCAAGGCCUUUCUGAGCGAGUUCGCAGUGCAAGGGGGGGGUGGGGAUGGCAACGUGCGGGCAGCAGUGGCAGAAGCGGGCUUCCUCAUCGGACUGGAACGAAACAGUGACGUGGUGGCGAUGGUCAGCUACGCGCCUCUGCUGGUCAACGUACAUGACAGGAGCUGGACCCCUGACCUGAUAGGCUUUGAUUCCCACCGCAUCUACGGCACUCCCAGCUACUGGCUGCAGCGCAUGUUCCAACACUCCAAGGGGGGCUCCCUGCUGCCCUCCCGCCUUUCCUUCUCCUCCUCCUCCCUGGCUACACUGCCCUCGAAUCUCACCUCCACCAGUCAAGACGCAUCGCGCUCAGAUGCCACCUCCACCCGGGAAGACCCACCUUCCUCAGAUGCCACCCUCACCCCUGAAGGUGCCGAGGGGGGAGGUGGUGGGUGUGAUGCUAGGCGGUUUGAAGCAUCGGCUGUUCGGAUCAAGAGAGGUGGCAACUCGGCGCAAGAAGCCAUUUUGGUCAAGGCAGCCAAUUUCCAGCCAUCGCCAGUGACUCUGCAUGUGGAGCUACAAGGCGCGACCGCCUCUGGCCCGGUGCUGCUCACUCUCCUCUCCAGCGCCUCUGGCAACCCCGAUGAUGAAAACUCAAUUGGGGACCCUGUGAAGGUUAUUCCCAGAAUGGCGAUGCACGAAGUCAGCACCCUUGCAUAUUCGAUCCCGUCAAUGUCAACGGUUACCAUUAACUUCCCUGUUCUUGGUCUCUAGCUAUAUUUUGAUGCACAUGUUGCAUUCGCAAGGCUGUUGCAAGCAGAUGACUCAGGGCUUGUUUCUAGUAGGUGUCAUCCCGAGAAAGUGUCAUCCGAGAAUGUUGGAAACCCAUCGCUGUCAAACAUAACUUGGUUUGUUACUGUAGACUAACAGGUUUGUGCCUUAGAGGGUACAACACACUAGCCUACAUUGCGUUGUACCCACCUAUUCUAGUCAUUA